UCCUAUGAAUAUCGGCCAUUAAGAAAAGAAAAAAAAAGAGUUUAACUGUGUGCUUAAAAUUAAGUGUUUUUAUGUCUUACACCGUUUGAUAUCCUUGAAAAGUUUCGCGUGUGUAAAUUUAUCUUACAUAAUGUAUAGAUUUAAUUUGUACUGAUGUUUUGAUAUUAUAUAUGUAUUACUUGACAAAUUGUCUCGAGAUCACCAAGUGAAUAACCUCAUUUGUAAUCUGUGUUUUCAUUUGAUAUACAACAUGAAAAAGUGUAAACUUCCAGAGAAUUGGAUCAUUGUCAAUUCAAAGAGUCACCCAGACAGGGUCUAUUACUUUAAUGUAAAAACAAAUCAAUCCUCGUGGAGAGAACCGACGUUGGAACAAGCUAAUGAUAAGUCCUCAGAACAUAUUAGCAAACGACGUAAACAUCACCACAAAGAAGAAGGUACUAGAGCAAAAACACCUGAACAUGAUUUUAUUGAAAAUAAGAGAUCUCAUAAACAGCAAUUAUUAAGUAACAAAAAGUCUUCUAAAAUGGUAGGGAAAACAGAAGGGAUUAGAAGUAAUCAGAGAAACAGAAAUUUGGCACAAGAACGUAUGCAAAUAUUAAGAAAAAGUUUGAAUCAUGAGAUGCAGAAACAGAAAAAUAAUUGUUCUACAAUUGUUAAAAAACAUUCAGAAAAACUUCACAAAAGUUUACCUGUUUCACGCUCAGAGAAAAAUGAUACACCACCGAUGAAGGCAUUACGAGAACUGUUAGCACAAAGAAAAUUGGAAAAACCAGCUAUCAGGAAUAGAUCUUCAGGCAAAAAUCAAGAACAUAAUUCAGUUUCAACAUUUGUAAAGAAAUCUUUAGAACAGACUGAAAAUAAUAAGCCAAUUGUUUCAUCAUCAAAAAAACCAUGUUUGGAAGGGACAGAUGAUAGUGUUAUAAUUUUACCUUCACAAAGUACAUCUCCAGCAUUCUCAGGAAACAACAAAGCACCUUCGGGUGAAAAUAAAACAACAUUUACACCACAAAUGCGUGCUAUUCAUGAAAAAAUUCAAAAACGUUCAGGUAUACUUGUUGUAGAUAAAAAAACAAAAAAUAAGCAUGAUAUUAAACAAAAACGAAGAAAUCAGCCAAAUAAAAAUAUAGCACAAGAUCGUAUGCAAAAAUUAAGAAACAGCUUAAAUCAUGAGAUGCAAAAAUGUGAAGAUGAUUGUUCUAUAAUCGCUGAUAUACGUUUGGAAAGACUCAAUAAGAGUUUACCUGUUUCAAGCUAUAAUAAAAAUAUUGAAUCAAUAAGCAUUCGUAGAAAUGCUGACAUUCGGCUUAAAAGAUUACAUAACAGAAUUUUAAAGGAAACAGUGUAUGAGAGGAAAGGUAUGUUAAACAAUAAUGAGGUACAAAUUCAACAAAACAAUAAAGUAGAUGUCAGUAGUAUGACUAAAGAAAAAUUAGUAGAACAGGCAAAUCAAGAAGUCUUGUAUGAGGAAAUGGAUUGGGAACCAAUGAAAGACGAAGAAAUUACAUUAGAGGUUGAAGAUAUCAGAGCACAACUUAAUAAUAAAAAUUGCGCGAAUGUAUCUAACUGUUCAUUAGAAAAUACUACAGUACUAACACAACCAUUAGAAUCACAGGAAAAAGGUCCAUUAUACAUUGUUAUUGAUACAAAUGUAUUUCUGACAAAUCUCGAAAUUAUUGAAGAAGCAAGAGAUGCUACUUUCAAGAAUUAUCCGCGUCCUUUUAUUGUAAUUCCAUGGACUGUCAUACGGGAAUUGGAUUACUUAAAAAAUGAUAAAUCUAGAUCCGAAACUUUAUGUACAAAAGCCAGGAAAGCCAUAUCAUUUAUUAAUAAACAUUUUGCUUCUAAACAUCCACGUAUCGUAGGCCAAACACGGGAACAAGCAGCAACAAAUAAAGAAAACUUUUGUAUUGAUUGUCCAGAUGAUGAAAUUCUUCAAUGCUGUUUGCAAAUUAAAAAUUUAAAGAAGGAUGCAGUUUUAUUAUCGUAUGACAAAAAUCUCUGCACUAAAGCAAUGAUACAUCGUAUAAUGACAGUAGGACGAGAUGAUCCUCUUGCAAAAUUGGAUAAUUUAAAUACAAGUGACAAAAUAAUGAAUCCUUUGAGCAAUAAUGCUCAACAUUCUAUCUUAAGCGAAGAAUUACAUUUUUCAGACAAAUUUUUUGAGGAUGCAAAAAUGAUUAUGAAAGAUCUUUUUUCAACGAUUGUCGUUAAACAGAUGUCAGAAAUUUAUGGACCAGAGUGGGAGACUUAUGUCAUUAUAAAACCACCUUGGAAUAUAGUGACUGUAUUAAAAUGCAUUAUCAAACAUUGGAUCGCUGCUAUAAACGAAUCUUUCCACCGAUAUGCUGAGCUCACUACGCGGGAAUUACUUGAAAUCUUUGAUCAUCUACCGGUUGGUGGCAGAAAGUUGCAAGAUGUAGAAUACACUUUGGAAAAAUGCAGUGAUCUAAUACAAGCAAUAAAUGAAGAUAAGCAUUAUGAUCUUAUGGUACAAUCGUUCAAUGCUAUUACGGAAAUCAAGACGAAAUGUCUCAAGUGUAUCACUGAUAUUGAUCGGAAAAAGUUACAUGACAAAAUAGGAAUUAUAGAAGAUGUUCAACAACAAGAUCAAAGUGCGGAGAAGGUACUUCAAUGCUUUAAGUACAUUUACAGUUACGCGCGUGACUUCUGUGGUUUGGCGGCCAGCAUCGCAGGAAAAGUUUUUCCUCUUAAUUAUAGUCCAAUAAAUCCACCAUUAUCACAUGCAACUGUAAAACGUUUACAAGCAGACAUUGCCAAGAAAGUGAACGAUUUGUCACAUAACCUAAAUAAGUUACUGGUACAAGCUGAAAAUAACUCUAUAAAAUAUCAGACAUUGAGUACUUUGCAGCAAGAUUUGAAUGCAUUCUUUGCUUAUAUAGAAGUAACAACAAUGAAUGUAGAACUUUUGGAUAUAUUUUAUUGUAUCAUAUUAAAAAAAGAAGUAUUGAAGGUUGGUUUGAGACAACUACAAGAGUUAGGCACACAUUAUCGCGCACUAUACUUAAAUGUUUGUAAUAGAAUAAUUUAAUCGUAUAAUAUAAUUUAUACACAUGUAAGAGAGAAAGGUAAAGAAAAAAAUAAUAUAUUUGAAAAACCACAGUUAUUAAAAAAAUAACAUAUAGAUAUUAAAAAAGCAGUGGAUAAAAGAAACAUGAUAUGUAAAUAUUAAAAAAAAUACAAGAUGAUAUCCUUUCUCUUUUUUUGAUAAAAGAAUAUAAAAGAAAAAUGUUCGAAUAUUUCUAUGUAUUAUUCGAUGUAUUAAGAAAGACUAUUAAUAAUAGAUUUUGAUAUAGAUUUUGCACAAUAAUAUUUUUCUCUUUUGAUAUAAAUUAAUUCUAGGAAAAAGAGAGAGAGAAAGAGAUAGAGGGUCAUGCGCAUACUUUUUUUCUUUUACCCACUGCAUAUGUACUUAUAUUAAUUAAAUUAGGGUUAUAAGACAGUAACGUAGAAUACCAUCGUUACAGAAAUAACUGUGAUAUAUCUGUUGUUAUUUUCUUUUGAUCGUUGCUAAGUUGUACGUCAAAUGUUAUUUUUUUACAUACUGUUAUGGAAAAAAUAAAUUCUCUUUUGCAUAACCGUAGCAAGAUCAUCAGUGCGUAUAUACAUGUACGUUUGUGUGUACGUGUGCGAUACGAUGCGUGUAUACUCCAUGAACGAUGAUUCCUAAUUAGUACGAUGUAUCUAAUUUAGAUAGAGCUUUGGAAAACCACAAGCGAGUGGUUGAAGCCAAUUGUCUUUCGCAUAAGUCACAUCGUGAGUUUCGAUCACAUGGAAGGUGUAAGCAUGUCUCGGUAGGUUGCUUCUAUUUGGAGCAGAGAAAUGAAGAACUUGACCGUGGAGGAGAAUGCAGGUGCCUUUGCGUACGGGCACGGGGGUGAAGCAGCUCUGCGAAUAAUGAGGCGCAGCUUUGUCGAAAACUAAUAAUUGCUUAGAACACGAUUCUUUGUUUCUUAUGAAGCGCCUGUGCACUCCACUCUUGUGUGAACCCGGUGCGAUCCAUAGACAUCCAUUCUCCUGCGUAGCGUCAUCCAAAGCGAUCCAGAAACCCAAGAGUGUUGCCGGCUCGGUAUACAAAUACGUUGCGUCUUGAUGCGUUGUUACUGUAACAAUGUAACAGUCCUUCAAUCGGUAAUAUUUAUAUUUGUGUUUUGCAAAUGUAUAAAACGCAAAAAAUAUAUACACUAUAUGGUACAAGUCUCUAUAUGCAUCCAGCUAAGCACUUCUUAUUUUGCGUCACCGGUGUAAUGAAAGAUGCAAAUGAGUUAGUUACCUUCCGAACCUAUCGUGGGGUUCUUGUAAAUGUACAUUGACUGACAUACCGCCGGUUCUUUAUAAUUAAGUUGAAAAGCGACUUCUUUGACUCUUUCGUCGAAAGUGUACUUUUUGAAAGAGGGAUGCAACCAGUGAAGCGCAUGACCCACCUGACAAAUAUAAGAUAAUUAUUAAAUAGUUGUUAGGACUGUGUUACAAUCUAUUAAAUGGGUCAUAAUUAUUCAAACCUAUGAAUAUAAUAACGAUUUAACUCUAUUAUAUAAUUAAUAACUAUUUAAAUAACUAUUUAAUAAUUAUCAAGUAUUCUGUAAAAAUUGCGCGCGCAAAAAUUGAUCAUUCAGUUAGAAGAAAUGUUUCUUCGUUUUUUACUUAUACUGACUUUGUUUAAUGAUACUUCUGGAUUCACUCUCAGCGCUCCGUCUUUUUCUAGAGCCUCAGCCUCGAAGAAUACGCUUAUUUUGUUAGCGCUAUCCAGAAAAUAAUCAGCCUUAAACAAGACGAUUGUUAUUUUUAUUAGUUAUUGACUUUAAGUUUGAUUUGUAAAAGACUUAAGAAUUAACGGAAAAUGUACAAAUAUAGUGCCUUGUAGUUGUAAAUUUAUUCAUUAUAUCUAUUAUCGCGGGAAAAAGAAUUUUUACUUUUUUUUCUCAAGGGAUAAUGGCAUAUAACAUAUUCAUUUUCCGUCCAUUCUAAGUCAUUUAGAGUAAUCUUACUUGUUGUUCAUUUUUAGUAUCGAAUAUCUCUCGUUCCGAUUCAGGUGGUAAAUUUUUCGUAAAAUAUUGUCCGCAAGACCUUAAUUCCUCAAUCUCGUGUGGUCGAAGGAAGUCCUCCAAGACGGCGUAACCCAUAUCUUUAAUCUGUUAAUUGCGCACUUAAUAUAAGCACAUUAUUUUUCAAGAGUAUAUGAUUUUAUUUAAUUAAAUUUAAAUUUAAUCUUUAA